AUGGACAAGUUUACGUCAAAAUUCACUUCAAUUAAUAAAAGCAUUGGUCAAAUACUAGCGGAAAAACUUGGAACAGCAGAGGACGUUACAGAGCUUCCUGCAGAAUAUUUAGAACUUGAAAGGAAAGUUGAUGCACUUCACGCUAUUCACACAAACCUACUUCAUGUCACCAAUAUUUAUACUGAUUCAUCAUACGACUAUCCAAAUCAACUUCAAGAUACAGUUGUAGAAUUUACACGCAAUGUAGUUGCUUCAGAAGGUGUACUACUUUUUGGUAGUAAUGAUCCGCUGGGAAUUGCAUUAGAUAAAUUUGGUACUAUGCAAAAACGUAUUGGCGAAGAACGUGUUAAAAUGGACCAAACUAUUAGUAAAAAGUUCGUACAGCCAUUUAAUACAACAUUAAACACAAGUAUACAAUUCGCCAUGAAAGCUAGAAAAAAUGUCCGAUCAACUCGUUUGGCACUUGAUACUGCCAAAGCAAAUUAUAAAUCAACUCGUCCUGAACGAUCUGAGGCAGCAAGGUUAGAAGUUGAGCAAGCUGAAGAUCAGUUUGUAGCAUCUGUUGAAGAAGCAACUACUUUGAUGAAAAGUAUUCUCAAUAUGCCCGAACCACUUCUUAAUUUAUCAGAUUUAGUGAAUGCUCAAUUAGCUUUUCAUAAAGAAGCAUAUGAAAUUCUUAGUGAACUUGCGCCAGAGAUUGAUGACAUUCAUGUAACUCAAGAUACAUUAUACAGGAAUAGUCAUAAUGACUAA